AUACCGAAGCUUGAGCUGCAGGCUGCGGUCAUGGCGCUACGGUUAAAAGAAACUAUCGUAUUAAACCAUAAUAAAAUCAUUAAUCGCUUCUAUUUCUGGACCGACUCAUAUACAGUUAUACGAUGGGUUCGAGCAGAUCACCGACGAUAUAAACAAUACGUCGCCAACAGAGUGGCAGAAAUUUUAGAAGCUAGCGACAUGCGAGACUGGCGGUGGUGUCCUGGACCUCUCAAUCCAGCCGAUGAUGCCACUAGAGCGAAAUUUCCGGCGAACUAUAACCCGGACGGACGGUGGAAAAAUGGCCCAGAAUUUUUGUUGGAAGACGAGAACUUAUGGCAGAAGGAAUCACUUAUAGCUAAUAGCGAGGAGCACAGCGGAGAUGAGCUGCGUGUCAAAUACACUAUGUCAAUUGCGAGGCAAGUAUACGUGAUAAUGCCAGAUAUUGAUCGCUUUUCAAAUUAUUCUAGACUGAAACGAUCUGUGGCAUGGAUUCAUCGUUAUGUUCAAAAUUUGUUGAGGAAAGUGCGGCACGAAGCGCCCACUAAAGGCGAACUAACCGUUGACGAAGAGCGUCAAGCGGAAACACAUCUUAUAAAAUUCGUCCAGGAACGAGCGUAUGCCGAAGAACUUGCCGACAUAAAGCGCAAUGGCGCUGUUUCGACCUGCAGUACAUUGGAGACACUCAACCCCUUUGUUGCAAAUGAUGGCAUGCUGCGAGGUGACGCGCUUGCUUGCCGAAUACUAUCACGUAAAAUUUUUACACAUCAACGUUGCCACGGUGAUGAGUGA